UACUUAUCAUUUUAACUUUACAACUUUGAUUUAAUUAUUUUAUACCUAAAAAUUAACUAUAUUUUUCUUAUUAACUUUAAGUAUAGUUUUAACUAAAAUUUUCUAAGUAAACUUUCAUAUUUCCAUAAUCAAACCUUAAUCAUACUUUCCCAUUAAUCUAAAACAUCUCACUAGCAUAAACUAGAACAAAAAUUUGAUGAAUCAAAAUCCUUUCUACAUCAAUCCAUAAUGUUCAUCACUUACACAAGCUAUCACCAUUUCCUUACACAAGUUAACCUUCUUCUACACUCCAAACUCUUACACAUCCACUUACACACUCCAACUCUUACACAUUCACUUACACACUCUAAAUCACUUACACAAGUUAACCUUCUUUUUCAUACAAUCUUAUGAACUAAAAAGUUGCCCAAAACCCAUUAUAAAUACCCCUCCUUAGCCAUGAGAUCACUUGCACCCCCAUCAUCAAAUCUUUCUACCAUUCUUUCUUAUAUCUUCACUUCAUUAACAUCUUACUAACUUUAUACCCUUUUUAUUUGUUGAAGAAUCAAAUGAAGAUGGAGCUUGAUCUUAUCACUUCUUAAGCUAAUAAUCAUCAACUUUUGAAAAGUCAAGUAUUAUCUUUUGGAACUUGGAUAUCAUUUUCUUUUGGGUAAUUGAAGAUCUACUUCUUUGAAGCUUGGAACAUUGAAGACUUUCUCUUUUGGAGCUUAUUUCCUUAAGUUCUUAUUUUCCUAUUAUUAUUCUCUUACUUGGUUUAGCACCACCUUCGGAGGAAAAUGGUAAGAAAUGGCGUAACUUCAUCUGAUCACGAAGCUAGAGUUCGAGAGCUAGAAGCACAACUAGCUCGGAUGGAAAGGACAAAUGAGCGACUGAUCACCCUCAUGGAGAAUCAGGCUCAAGAGGCCAAUGACGACGGGAAAUACUUUAAGAAUAUAGCAUAUCAUCGUCCACCGCAAUACGACGGAGAAGCUGAUCCGGUUCGCUUCGAGAAUUGGCUCGCAGAGAUGGAGAAACUUUUAGAGGUCAUUAACUGUCCAGCGCACCUAAAAGUAAAGCUGGCUUCCUUCUACCUAUCUUGUUCAGCAGAGUUAUGGUGGCGUUCUAUCAAGGCCACUAUGACUGAUACCUUUUGGGAUGAUUUCCUUAUAACUCUUCGUCAACAAUUCUAUCCGCCAUCACUCCAACGGAAAAAGGAGAAUGAGUUCUUACAUCUUCGUCAGGGUCUUAUGACCGUGAUUGAGUAUAGUUGUAAGUUCAAUGAGCUAUCUCGAUUUGCUUCUGACAUUGUAAGCAAAGAAAGUGUUCGUGCAUCCCGCUUCUUUGAGGGUCUUAAUCUUAAGAUCCAAAAGGGGAUUGGGAAGUAUUCUGACUUCCGAGAUCUCUACGACCGAGCGCUUGAGUAUGAGAGGAUCCUUGACAAGGAGGACAACACCAACAAAAGAAAAUUUGGCGGAGGCAACAACAACAGGAACAAGAGGCCAACCAAUUGGGAUCGCAAGCCGUUCCAACCAACAACUUCAACAAGAGUCACAGUUUGGAAGUGUCGCUUAUGUGGUAAGGAUCACCAAGGUCGUUCAUGCACUGGGAAGAUCAUCUGCUUCAAAUGCAAAAAGGAGGGUCAUGUUUCCACUAACUGCCGAGAAGGGAUCCAGUUGGGAGCUAGUAGUACUGGUAAUUAUGGAGCUCCUAGUUCUUUGGGAAUUGUUCAGAGUAUUGCAGCUAGGAGGACUGCCGGUUUGCACGCUAUUAGCAACCAUGUAGAUAAUCUUCAUCAGGCAUUUGAGGAAGAAGUGGAAAGAGAAAUACAAAUUGAAGAAGAAGAAGAACAAGAAGAGGAACGAACGACCUUAUUGGGAUACAUAGAUCUCGACAAUCAUCAACUAGAUCACAUGAAGAACAACAACAACAAAGACAAGCGGUAAACGAGUCAACUUCCAAAGUAUCGAUGAAGAUGAACCAGUAAAACAAUCUUUUCCGACAAUGCCACCUCCUAGUGGUAGAGCUGUUUUACAUUUGUGGUUGUAGUUUACAAAAGAACCAACUGAGAAUCCGGAUGUUUUCUUAUGCACUUGUCAAAUUUGUGAAAGUCAAGGGGUAAGCCCUUAGUUUCAUACAAUUUCAGCAGAGGUGGUGGUAGUGAUGGCCACGGAGCGGGUUAUCCGAAACCGAACCGGUCCCAAACCGCUUGAAACUGUCACGGAAGUGUAACCGCUGGAAAAAAGUUGUCGAAACCAUGAAAUCGCCGAAAAAAAACUGCUUGAACCAGACCUAAGAACCGCGGGUCGGAACCGAAACCGGUCCGGGUGAACCGGCCCAACGGUUCCAUGGAACUGGAACCGGAACCGGAACCAGUCCGGGUGAACAGACCCAGCAGUUCUUUGUAACCGUUCGAAAAAUAGUCGUUAACUAGCUGUUGCAAUUUUUUCUAUAAAUACACAUCACUUUCAAUCAUUUUCAUUCACAACUCAUCUCUUCACCUACUCUCUCUACUUACUCUCUCUACUUAAUUACGGAAUUAUUUUCUUAAUUACAUAAUUAGUCUUUUAAUUAUUUCUUAAUUUAGUUAAUUAUGUAACAACUCGACUUACCGUUAACUGAGUAAACAGGGUCAUCACGGGGUUUAUUUCCCAACAAACUGAAAUCACAGUAAAGGGUUCACCAGCUCUUUAACGUAACUAACUCAGCUAUAACUCAAAACAAACAUCUAACUAAAGCAAAAGGUAAUCAUACAAUUCUCUACAAGUCCAAUAUAACCAACACAGCCAAAUCAAAUUUACAUUUAUCCAAAAUCCUAAUACAAAACUAAAAAUUCCUAAGUGCUCAGUUCAAUGUACAUCCUUGGAACCUCUAAUCACCUUCGCUAAUCUUCAUCCCGAUUGGUUCCGAUCUGUAGACAAACUAAAAGUUGGAAACAAUAGAAAGUCAGAUUAAACUGAAUGAGAAGUAACAAUCCAAAACAACAAUACACAGUAAAUCAAAUCAUAGGUUUAAAAGCAACAUCAGUUUUCCUAGAUCUAUGUGCGCACAUGGAGUCUAGUUGAGAGGAACAUCCAUAG